AUGCGCAUCCUCCAGACUAACCUGGGAAGGUCAAGGCGAGCGCAAUACCUGCUCUAUCAAACCAUUCGGGAAAGCACGGUCGCCCUAGCGUUCGUGGCAGAACCAUACAGAGUUCUGGAUUCUCCGGAAUGGGUCGGAGAUACGGAUGAAAUGGUUGCUGUCACCUGGACAUCAACGCCGGGGGCGUUCGCCCACGGAGCCCUGCUGGAGCGCGGCAACGGAUACGUCGCGGUCGAGUGGGCAGGGAUGGGGGUGGUGGGAGUGUACGCGUCACCUAACAGCGGAUGGGCAGCGUUCGAGGAAUUCCUGGACGGGGUUAGCGACUGCGUUAGGCGACGACUUCCCCGGAAAGUACUCGUCCUAGGAGACUUCAACGCGCACUUCACGGAAUGGGGGAACGCUAGGACCAACGCGCGCGGCCGCACGCUGUCAACCUGGGCCGCGGGACUUGGACUUCUAUUGGUGAAUAGGGGCUCGACCCGUACCUGCGUGGCGUGGAGAGGGAGCUCCAUCGUCGACAUCACAUGGGCCUGCCUCGAUGCAUUCAGAAGGAUCUCAGGCUGGAGAGUAGCUGAAGGGGUCGAGACACUUUCGGACCACUUCUACAUAUUCAUGGAGGCAGACACACCUGGAUCCCGAACGUGGACUACAGGCGAUGGUCGCGGCCCGUCGAGAAAAGGACACGCACGCCCACCGCCAAGAUGGAAGGUUAAGGAGAUGAACGGGGAUCUACUCCGGGCGGCUGCCAUAGCAACAGCUUGGAGCUGGGAGGCCCCGACGACGACAACCGAAACAGACGUGGAAGAGAAGGCCGAGAACCUACGCCGAGCCAUGACAGCAAUCUGCGACGCAUCCAUGCCACGUGCCACACGGUGCGAAGCAGGGCAGUCUACUGGCGGAACUCUGACAUCGCGGAGCUGA